CUACCGCCAUUUUCCCACUAUAAAAUAAUGCAAGGAGCACCUUUGACUACGUAUCUUCUCUUGCUCGUGUCUUUCUCCUUUUCAAUCAUUCAAAGCAAAUUGGGCCCAAACAUUUAGAUUAGUUCCAGACAGUUAGAUCAGACCAAUGGAAAGCAGCAGCUGCAUUUACAAAGACCCCAAUUCACCCAUUGAAGCUCGUGUAAAGGACCUUCUUUCAAGAAUGACUUUGAAAGAGAAGGUUGCCCAGAUGACCCAAAUCGAACGCUCUGUUGCCACUCCCCACUAUCUUCAGGAUCUCGGAAUUGGGAGUGUAAUGAACGUUGGAGGCAGCGCACCUUUUUCAAAUGCAAAGUCGUCUGACUGGGCGGAUAUGGUUGAUUGGUUUCAAAAGUUAGCACUUCAGUCGCGGCUUGGUAUACCCAUUGUAUAUGGGAUUGAUGCUGUUCAUGGUAAUAAUGGUGUUUAUGGUACCACCAUAUUUCCUCACAAUGUUGGCCUUGGAGCCACCAGAGAUGCAGAUUUGGUGCGGAGGAUAGGUGUUGCAACAGCUCUUGAAGUUAGGGCUUGUGGCAUUCAGUAUACGUUUGCUCCGUGUGUGGCUGUAUGCAGGGAUCCCCGGUGGGGAAGAUGCUAUGAGAGCUACAGUGAAGACACUAACAUAGUUAGAGAGAUGGCCUCUAUUGUUACAGGCUUGCAGGGACAGCCACCUGAAGGACACCCAAAUGGCUACCCGUUUUUGGCAGGAAGAAACAAUGUUAUUGCCUGUGCUAAGCAUUUUGUUGGAGAUGGGGGUACUCACAAAGGUUUAAAUGAGGGGGAUACUAUAUUGUCUUAUGAGGAUCUAGAGAGGAUUCACAUGGCACCAUAUCUAGACUGUAUUUCCCAGGGUGUUGGCACUAUUAUGGUUUCUUAUUCUAGUUGGAAUGGACUCCAACUGCACGCUCACCAUUUUCUCCUGACAGAAGUUUUGAAAGAUAAGUUAGGUUUUAAGGGUUUUGUGAUUUCUGACUGGGAAGCACUAGACCGGCUCAGUAAACCUCUCGGGUCAAACUAUCGUCGCUGUGUUUCCACUGCUGUUAAUGCUGGAAUUGACAUGGUAAUGGUGGGGCAAAAACAUGGAGAAUUUGUGGAAGAUCUGAUUUUUCUGGCAGAAUCAGGGGAGAUCCCGAUGACCAGGAUUGAUGAUGCUGUUGAAAGAAUACUGAGAGUGAAGUUUGUGGCUGGUCUUUUCGAAUAUCCCUUUGCUGAUAGAUCUUUACUAGAUAUAGUUGGUUGCAAGCUGCAUAGAGAACUGGCACGUGAAGCAGUUCACAAGUCCUUAGUUCUCUUAAAAAAUGGGAAGGAUCCAAAGAAACCACUUCUUCCACUAGAUAGAAGUGCUAAGAAGAUUCUUGUUGCUGGAACACAUGCUGAUGAUCUUGGAUAUCAAUGUGGAGGUUGGACCAUAGCCUGGAAUGGGAUGAGUGGCAGAAUCACCAUUGGGACAACUAUCUUGGAUGCCAUUAAGGAAGCAAUAGGAGAGGAAACCGAGGUGAUUUAUGAAAAAAUUCCAUCACCAGACACCUUAGCAAGCCAAGAUUUUUCUUUUGCCAUUGUAGCCGUUGGUGAAGAUCCUUAUGCAGAAUUCACUGGUGACAAUUCAGAGCUUGCAAUCCCCUUUAACGGGGCUGAUAUAAUAAGCUCAGUCGCUGAUAAAAUCCCCACAUUGGUUAUUCUGAUAUCUGGAAGACCUUUGGUUAUAGAACCAUGGCUCUUGGAAAAGAUAGAUGGUCUCAUUGCUGCUUGGUUGCCUGGAACUGAAGGAGAGGGGAUUACAGAUGUUAUAUUUGGAGAUUAUGAUUUUAGUGGCCGACUGCCCGUGACAUGGUUUAGAAAGGUUGAGCAAUUGCCAAUGAAUUUCAGAGAUAAUUCAGAUGAACCUCUAUUUCCAUUAGGCUUUGGGUUAACAUGCAAAGCGGGCAAUUCUUUUGACUGAAAAAAUUGAAGGCCCAGAUAAGCCCAAGGUCCAAUAUUUUGGAUCAAGUAGGGCAGCAAAUAAGGGUUCCUAUCGUUAAAUUCCAAGAACCAAUUCUAUGCUUGUCAUAUACUUCAUUCCAAGCUCGGUCUGCAAACCCUCGGUGGUCUAUAUCCGUAUUUUCUCCAAGCUGUUUCAUUGUUCGACAUAUAAUUAAUAGUGAACUUGGUUUUGAGAUUACAAUAAUGAGGAGGUUAUGUGAGAUGGAUAUAUCACAUCAAUGUUGCAAGUGUGCAAAUCUCUUUCAAUAAAAGGAAAGGGAAUUUGGAAGACUAAGAAUUGCAGAAUCAGAUUCGCAACCACAAUAAUCUAUCAUGGUAUGCUCUUUUUUUCAUCCAUUUUCUCUUGUCCCAAGAUGCCUCUAAUUGUGGUACUGGAGUCUCUUUGUUUUACUCGAAAGGGCAUUAAUGUUAUAUAUAGAUGGAAUGCUGCUUCUGCUUUCCAUUGCUUCUUCUUUUGCUUGUGUGUAAAAUUAAGCCCUCGAUAAGUAAUUAUUCUUCGAUC